ACAGUUUCAACGAUUGAAAAGAACUUGAUUUGAAACAGCAAGCUGUGUUGGAACUAUUUGACACUCUUAGAAGUUUACGUGAUCGAAUGAUGCGCGAAGGAAUCACUGGCAGUGGUGAAGGUCUUCAGCAGCAAGAGCUUGUGGUGUUCAAUGUGGCAGAUUGGGCAGCGGAUGAGAUUGCGCAGCUUUGUCGCGAUGCUUUAGCGUCUUCUAACGCCGAUGAUGCGAUAGAACUGAUCAAUAAUACAUUACCUAUUGAUGAACGCGCUUUGGCUGAAUUAGACGUUAACAUGGAAAAUCUCCCUGCACGCUUUGCCGAUUUAUGUCUCCAAGCAUUUGCAGCCCGCCAAGAAAUUAUCGAGUGGGCAAAAGAACUUAUUGGAAACAACGAGCAGCUAAAAAGCGUGGGGCUGGAACGUAUUGCUCAGUACAACGCUCAGGGACUUGAGUUAUGUGAAAUACUCAGAGAACUAAAGACUAGCGCUGAUAGUACUGUGGAUACGAUCACUCAACUUUCUAAGUAUUAAAUCUAAUAUACGAGCAUGUCGUGAACGAAAUGCAUUAAUUGCUGUAGGCGAAUCACUGGUACGUGAAAUAGCACGGCUUCGACAGGAUAUCGAAGUAAGA